AGAAAAUCUCACCGACUUAAUUAUCACAAAUGAAACAAAAAAAUAUUGAGGAUUGCUGCUCAUUAUUGAAGCACGUGAUCUAUAGCAAUUCAUGCCUGAGGCAUGAAUUGGAGCAUAUCGAAUCGCAUCCAGACUUUUUACAAUCCGUUAUCAGUUUUCUACUCCACUCCAAUUUCCAUCUCUACGUUCGAUACCGGUCUUGGGAAAUAUUGAACAGCUUCGAUCAACCAGGUCUGAUCUAGCCACACAAUGUCUUCCCCUUGUAUUGCUUCUUCCAAGCUGGCUCUCCCCUCUGUCCUCCGAAGUCUCUUCCGCGCCGAGUUUGCCUCUAAAGUUCGACCUCAAGACUCUUUUUACAACCGAGCUAAAGUUCUAUCGCUACGUCGAGCAUUUGUCCCGUCCCAGAGCUUCCAAAGCAAGCGAACCAUUACCACUUCCCUUUCCCGGUCCCAGGGGUUUCAGUCUGAACAGCCGCCGUCCUCUUCCACCGAACCCUCUUCCGCCACUGAUAACUCUAGUCCGUCGCAGUUCGACCAUGUAGUGGAAAGCGCACCGGAAGUCAAAGCCAAGCACGCUGAAAAAUCACAAGGGCGGACGAAAUCUUCGCGGGCUCCAGAUACCAAAUCCAAAAGUCAAAAGCCUCCAGGCAUGCUACAACAACUACAACAAUCUCAGCAGAAGAAAAAGAAGCGCGAGGGGUGGCAAAUUCAGAAAGAUGCAUUGAAAGGCAAGUUCAAGGAUGGAUGGAACCCAACCAAGAAGCUCUCACCCGAUGCACUUGACGGAAUUCGACACCUUCAUGCCAUGGCUCCAGACCGCUUUACCACGUCGGUUCUCGCAGGACAGUUCAAGGUGUCCCCUGAGGCGGUCAGACGCAUCUUGAAGAGCAAGUGGAAAGCAUCGGAAACCGAAAUGGAUGACCGUCGCAAGCGUUGGGAGAAGCGACAUGACCGGAUUUGGAGCCAGAUGGCUGAGCUGGGUCUCAGACCGAAGAAGAAGCGCACUCAGGAAAUCGAUGAUUCCAAGGUAUUAUAUGAGGACGAUGGAUCGUGAGACCUUUGUUCUUGGGGCUGUGAUUCCGAAAAAGUAUUCAAUUGCAUAGCGACGUUUUGGGUCCAUAAUGACAUUGCAUCUAAUGGCGUUUCUCAUUUUGAAGUUCUAGCAACAGACAUUAUACAUAGAUCUCUCCAGAGAAUAUAUAGCUCCAACAAGGCCGUUCAAGCCAGCCAAAUUAUCUUCCAUGGCAGAAUUAGGAAUGAAAUAAACAUUUACUGGUCCUC